AAUACAAACAAUAUGAACGAAGAUGAAGCGGUCCUUCAAGGCCCAUGGACCUUUGAGGAGACGUUGGGCUUCUUGUGGAGUAAUGCGAGCCCUUGGGACUAUGGUCUCUCGCUAGUUAAGCCUUCUGAUCUGUACGGACGACAGACAGCACUAGCGUUUUCAGUUUCCGGGUUGAAUGCUGAUGACGGAUGAUCAAAACGCCGACGGCGACGAACCAUGCAGACCUGAAAACGUAGUUCGAGCUGGCGAUUCGAAGCAUCGAAACGCCGAGGACGAAGAAUCGUGCAAACUUGAAAAUGCGGUGCAAAACGGGAAUUCUCCCCUCGGGAAGGAAGAGGAAGAGGAAGAGCUGCGAAGGCUUCUGGUGCCAGAUCCUUGCGAUCUUCCCAUGGAUCCUCCUUCUGCUGUAGAGUCUAACUUCGUUGCCUAUUUCGCUCCAGAUUUUAUCAAGCCAGGGCACGAUCAAUAUGUUUAUCGCCAUGCCAAUGGAUUGUGCGUAAUUGGCUUGGCUUCAACACAUGUGGCUCUAAAGGAUAAAGGAGUGACGACCGUUGAUUUCAAUGUCGGAAAGUCUGAUCGGAGUGCAAUUAAGGUCACUGGAAAACGGAAGAAGAAUGCACAACACUUUGAGCCCAACUCAGCUUUGUGUAAAGUGCUCACUUCUGAUACUUCUCCCUAUAUUGUGAGGUGCUGUGUAAAAGGCUCCUUACUGGAAGUGAAUGAUAGGUUAAUGAAGCAGCCUGGAUUGCUGAAUACAUCAGCAGACCGAGAAGGAUACAUUGCAAUUAUCAUGCCAAAACCAGCUGAUUGGUUGAAGAUCAAGGCAUCAUUACUAGGCCUUGAGGAGUAUAGAAAAUUGAGAGGACUUUGCUGAAGAACUGAAAUGCACGAUAUGGGAUUUUGCCCAUUCAUCCAUGGAUUUGAGUGUGAAUUUUCUUUCUGGUGAUCCAAAAAAAGGAUGGAUAUUAACAUUCCCAACAUUUCUGGAUGUCAAGGUAGAACAUUUGUCAUUAUUGUAAAUUAUUUCUCUUUUACAUCUAUUACCGAAAGAAUGUAGGCAAUGGGCUUGUCUCAUCGCUACCAACUUGUUCUACCACAUUUUUGUAUCUUAAUAAUUAUGUUUUUUCUUUCCCCCACCA